CGGACAUUUGUCUAUUGGCACAAUCCCAGCAAUCCAACGAUGAGAGACUGAGUAUUUGAAGUGUGGAAAUCGGCACUCGUUCUUCGCAUCGCAUGGAUAUGCCUAGACGGUACUUCGAAAACCAUUUGGACAAUCAACUCUCAGCAACUGGGGAGGCAGGAAUGUCUUUUUCCGUUGAAGAGUGAGGAACCGAUAUGCUGCGCCAGGGUGCACUGGCAGCCCUAGCCAGUUUCGGAGGAGGAAUCUCAGGAUAGAGAACGCACAGGGGCCGCGUCGCGCUCUUGCGAAAACGACAGUGUCCUGUUAGCAGGCACUCAGAAUUGCAACAUAUAAAGUGAAACUCGGCAGCGACGCUAAGAGCCACUUUGGUGUGAUGUGCACGCUGACUGCCUGAACAUGGACUCUUCCACUUGCGCGGCAGGACUUCGAAGUUAAACAAUUGUGUACAAGGUCAGGUGUGUAGUUGACGCCUCUGAGGGUGGCCACUCUGCACGCCGCCGUAUUGGCUGCACGAAUCGUGUCGAAAUGUACUUGUCUGAGUCACUAUCACAGGACGGGGCUGCCUCGUUCUUUAGGCGAGUCAUCCCUAGUGCGAACGUGCACACACACAUACGAGGGUACAAAAGAGGGGCAAAAUUUCAGGAAACUACGGGAUGCACAGAGCGCCACUUAUUCUUCAUAUCUGAAGAAUAUGGGUCUUUUUCAGGCAAGAUUGUUGCUGUGGAGAGAGACACGCACUCUGUGUACGUAGAACCUGACCUGGCUUCUCCAGGUCUUCCCACACACGAGAGCGGUUUUGGAUUUUCUUUCCUUCCAGACGACUUUGCGGAAGAGAGUGCUCUAGUAUACAUUGGAAACAGUGUUGUAGUUCUGUCUCUCCUCAUGCCGUCUUUCUCAUCCGGAUCUACAAGUCCAUCGCACCUUCAUCCCCCAGGUGUCAAACGUCUCAGGCUCAAUUUGCUCGGUCUUGCUAUGAGUGCCUUAGCACUGUGAGAGUGUCGUUUCGCAGAUCAAGAAGGUGGUAGUAGUUGAUGGAUGUUGCUAUGUGAUACAGCUGAAGGAUGUGAGAGACCACAUUCGCAUGUGCGACUAUGGCUUUGAGGAGAACGAACAACCGUAGACGUCUGAGUGGAUCCACGAUACCUCCACAAGAAUGCGGAGCCGAGGCACCGCGGCUCUGGUAGCAAAGAAGUGCUCACUGGCUUUGUGGUGUCCUCACUAGAAUGGUGCAGACGCGACAAAGCGAUCAGGUAUACACCUAGAGCGCCUCAGGAAACUAUACGCAGCAUACGAUUUGUACUGUUCUAAACGUUUCACACCAUCGAUGCUGAAACGCAGCUUUUGAUGGUACGUGAACGGGACGGUUAUUCGCGUCGACAGGGGAUGAGAACGCUGGUCGGACCUGUGUCACUUCCGGACCUGGUUGGUGACGUGCACUGGGCUGUAUAUCUGGCAUGCGUCUCCUUUCAGUUGCCAGAGAAUUUGCUUAUUCCGCCGUAUUCCGGUAGCCAAUAUCUAUCUACAUCGGUACCCACUAGGCGCCGUUACUCGUCCACAAGUCUGCAACUGUGGGUCAUGAGGUCAGUGGCAUGCUCUUUGGCUUGUCAUAUGUUGGGUAGACCAACCACACAAGUCGACAGUCUUCAGAAGACAUCGCUUGCGCAAGUAGGCAGUGUCGCAGGACUAGUUGUCACUCUUGCAGUAGGAAGAACCGAAGGGCCUCUCGCUAGUUUAUUUCGGGAAUGGUCGAACGUGCAUUUUCCAACUGGCGUGGGAAGAAUGUAAGACUAUUUGGUGUCAGUUCCAUUAAUACACUCAGCCACAAUCUUCGUGGAAGUACGCACCCUGACGUGCUGAGGAAAUGCUGCUGACAAAUCACUGCUCUAUUUGCGGGGUUGCUUUUAUGAAAUACGUCCUCAUAUGCAGUAUUCUAGUGUUAGCAUUCUUUCAGAUAACGUCUGUUUGUGUUGGAUCUCACGGUGCAAGCUCCGAGAGCGUACUUACUGAUGAAGAACAUCUCGUACGCAAAUUUUGAUUCAACAAUAGAAUGUUCCUUUCGGUGACUGGAUGUCAGCUACAAAAGCACAACUUCCUUCAACAGGCGCAUGGUGGAAACGGAAGAUCGUUACGAUUUCACGUUGACAUACGUGGAGGCACGUACCAUCCUGAAAGCAGCGAACUAAAUGAAGCAAGCCGGCAAGCUGGCGCGCAAGCGAUAGCAGAAGAUGGGCUUAGACGCUCAUUAUCGUGACCGCUGCUCGACGAUGGCGAAAGCUGAUUUUGUGGUAAACGACGCGGUUAUUUGCAUCUUCACUUCGACACGGUACUGAAAUUGCGUAACCUUCCUUGCUGAGGAACAUCAAAACGCGACAUCCUGUGAGCUAUCUCCAAUAUUUGUAAACUCAAAUAAGUAUUUUCUCAGGUGACAAGACAAUCUUUGAUUCGUCUGGAUGUCUUCCGACGUCUGCGGUUCCCUGCACAAUUGCUAGUUCAGCUCUGUUGCACUAAUGAGUCACAGAAUGUGAGUUCUUCGUUGUUUUUGGGGAUGCGAUGACGUGGGUGUUUUACGAAGUGUCACGAGUUUGGCAAUGUGGUUGUGUUCUCGGGAACCACAUUGACGGCUGAAGGGCACUUGGAAGGAUCUGCGUUUGCCACGGGUACGAGUCGCAAACACCCUUUGUCAGGAGAGAACACCUCAGUGCUUCCGAUGAACUGAAGCGACACGAACAUGAUUCAAACGGAUGAAGCUAGAAGGAUGACUGAUGUGUCGGUCUGGCUAUCUUGGCUGCCUACGCAGAACAGUGUUCGGUGUUGUUCACGGCGUCAGCGCGUUCUGCUGGAAGGACACAGAAGGAUUUCAUUGCUUUGCGAUCGGACCGAUGUCGCACGGUGAACAUGGGAGUGAGUGGAUAUCAUUCUGAUCGUACACUGCAGGCGAUCCGUUGUCUUUGUUGUAUGUCACGGCCAAAACUAGAGUACUUUUUCCCGGUGACUUCUACAAACAAGGAAGCUUUGCGCAGCAAUGAUUCACUCUGAUAUAUCAACGAGAGGGAUGGAUAUACGUACCGACGUGUUGUACGGGCUCCGUGGUUCUCUAUUCUUGUGGCUGUGAUGUCGCACUUCCGAUUGUAGAGAUUGAAGCUGGGGGAUGCAGUGGCAAAAUGUAUACUUCACCGGCAAACAUGCAAACUACCUCGUGUUCAGCUCACGUGUACGAGGACAGAUUGCGUCAUUGUUAUAGUGCGGAUCCUUCCGUCCUUUUAUGACGUGAAAUGCAUAUUCCGUAGCUUCUGCCGCUAAAGAUUGACUGGAACUGUUUCCCUUUAUGUCUUCGUGAAGAUUGUGAGCGGUGACGUGGGCGCAGGGACGUCCCCCUGAUAGAGUCCAGUGACGGACAUGACUGCAUUCUGCAACUACGUCGAUGCACCAGUUGCUCAGGAAUGUUUCUGGGAGUUUGGUGCUGGCCACAAAGACGACAGAACCUGAUUACUGUUGUAGCGCUGGUCGGUGGCACCCCGCCGUGCAAGAGAAAGAGCCCGCUUGCGUGGUAGGACGACUGGGCUGUCACCGUCUUUCAAGUGCGAGCUAACAUUUCGACGCCGAACUACAGGAACAUUGUCUUUUUUGGUCCAGUAGCAAUCGGAUAUAUCACUGACCGGAGAAGCACGAACAUCGUACGGUUCGUCCUGGAAAGGCAGCUGUUGAUGCUGUGCAGGUGCAAUGGCAGGUUCA